AUGACCGAUCCCACCUCUCGUAUCGAAGCAAGACAAAAGUCCGCAGAGAUCAAAAAGAAACAAGCCGAAAGCCUCGCAGGACUCCCCCCAAACACCCUCCACAUCAGCCUCUAUACCCGCUCCGACCCACCACUCCCAACCGACUUCCACUGGGCCUUCUACCUCCACAAAGGCAUUAGCUCCACAGCAGGAGGAACCAAGUACCAUGUGCGAGGCAUCGGCGGCGGGUGGAUUGUCGGACACGAGGCUACAAACGGGAUCUUCGCAGAGAAUUUCCUAUGCGUGAUAAUUCAGAUCGCAACAAUUCCUCCAUUGGCGCACGAGCGUGUGGAUGAAAUUAUGAGGAGCUAUGAUGAGUCCCUUAAUUCGAUUCCGGGGAUUACGUGUCGGGUGUGGAUACUUACUGUGCUGCGGAUACUUGUUGACGAAGGGUUUGUGCAUUGUGAUAUUGGGGAGUUGGAGAGGGAUUGCUUGAAGUUUGGGAAUGAGCAUAGUACAGCGGCUAGUGUUAAUGAGCAGCCUCGUCCGGUUGUUCAAUCGCGGGUUUCCUUUUGA